UUCCAUAAAUUGAGACAGUCGUCAGUGUAAACCCGUUCAGACAAAAUUACACAGACAAAAUUAAAAUGCAUUUCGAAAAGAAGAUUGGGUUUCUCUGUAUUAUCUUUUGUUUGUUGAUAAAUAUUGAAGGAAAUUCUUUAAGAUCUAAACGACAAUGGGAAUGGGAUGAUCAAACCCCCCGAACAUCGUUGGCGACGGAGAAGCUCACCACCAGCACCACACUAAAACCCUCAACGACAACGUCUACGGCUGACCAGGGAAGAAUUACAGAAGAAGAAUGUAAAAAUAAAUGUUAUAGAAUCGUUUCGAACAAGUACGACCCUGUUUGUGGAACUGAUUUUACUUCCUAUGACAAUCUUGAGGAGUUAAAAUGUAUUUCUAACUGUGGAAAGGAGAUUCUGAUGCUAUAUAAAGGAGAAUGUUGAACAUGAAUAGCAACAAAAUAUGUAUUUCAAUAUAAUUAAUUCGACUGUUUAUUAAAAAAGGGAAUGCAUUUAUUUUUUCCCAUUAAUUCUUAUGAUGAAGAUAUCCUGGCCACUUGGUUCCUAGAUCUCUCAUUAUCUCAUUGUAAUGCUUUGCUUUCUACACUCAUAUAUUUGUUGCAUUAUAUGCGUCCAUAAAGUCAUGGUGCACUUUUGAGCUGCCACAGAAACGCAACGGGCUGUUUUUUCUAAGGAUGGACCUAUUUAUAUAUCUUUUUCGUCCAUUCGCACAUCUAAUUAAUAACAACAAAAUUUUAUAAAUUUUAUUGCUAAAUAGUUUGUAGAAUGUCUCAUAAAUGUAGUUGUAUUUUUUAUUUCAAUAAAAAAUGAGUGCUUUAAGUCUUA